AUGGACUCCGAAUUUCUCAUUGCCGGGGGCUUGGAGUGGUCUGAGGACGAUGAUACCAUGGCUUUCGCUGCACCUGCUCUCGAUGAGCCUGACUUAGAACCCCCUGUUCUAGAAGAGGUGUCGCCGGCCCCUUUGGCUCCCUGGAGGGAGCUGCAAAAGCAGCAGACUGAAAAAGAGAAGAAGGUAGCGGAAACGGGCCGUGAGUCCUCGGCUAGAGAUGCUUUGGUUCAAGAAGCAUUGGCUAAAGAGGCUUGGGAUCAAGAGGUUUGGGGGGAGGAGACCUGGGUCCAAGAGGCCUGUGAUGAAGAGGCCUGCGAUGAAGGGGUCUGGUCAGACGAUGAUUCGGACGUAGAGAUCUGGGAUCAAGAUUUCUUGUAG